GGGUAUAUCUUCCGCCGGCUAUAGUUUAGUGGUCAAACUCUGGACCAGCUGCAGAUUGAAGACUAAGGAGGAGCAACACGGUUUUUCAGCCCGUCAGCAUGGCACUCGUCUUCCUCCUCCUCUUCCUCCCCCUCUCUCACCGCUCCAAUGCCAUGACUGGUUGCCAUAGUGACCGUGACAAGGACCACCGCCCCCGGGUCAACUGCACGGCAACCAACCUUAGUGACGUCCCCGCCAGCAUCGACACAACAACCAAGGUGCUGAUCUUCACCCAGAACCUGUUCUCCAGUCUAACCUGGUCCUCCUAUAGUCACUUCCCAGAGCUCUAUGAGAUAGAUCUGAGCCACAACGCAGUUCCAGAGGUUCCCCUGUCCCCCGGCCCGGUUCUCCCCACCCUGGGGGUUCUACGUCUGGUAGGGAACCGCAUUAGAACCUUGCCCCCUCACUCCUUCAGGGCCACGCCGGGCCUGCUAGAACUCUAUCUGGACCAGAACGUCCUGGAGACACUAGAUGACCUGUCCUUCUCUGGGCUCAGGCUGCUACAGAUCCUGGAACUUUCUCAGAACCGUAUCUCUGUUCUGCCCCCUCUGAUGUUUCGCUCCCUCCCGGCCAUCGAAACCCUGAUUCUAGAGCAGAACCGCAUCAGAACCAUGCCUGACCAGUGGUUCUCUGCCAAACCUGACGUUCCCUACACCUACCUGUCGCAGAACCCCUGGGCCUGCUUCUGUAAG